GCUCAUUGUUCAUCGUGGGCACCAACCCUUCUAUCAACAUGAAGGAGAGCAGGCAAAGUGAUGUGAGCUCUUUGUCUUCCUCUUCUGAAGAGGAUGAGCCUUCUACCACCAGGCAGCGAGUACGAAGGGGUGAGAGCCCUUCCUCUUCAUCCUCUGAAGACAAGCAGCCUACUACUGCAACGCAGCAGCAAGCAUGGAGGGGUGAGAGCCCUUCAUUGUCAUCUUCUGAAGAUGACCAGCGUUGUGCCACCAGGCUGCUAGUACGAAGGUUUGAGAGCCCGUCCUCUUCAUCCUCUGAAGACAAGCAGCCUACUACUCGGAGGCGGCAGCAAGCAUGGAGGGGUGAGAGCCCUUCGUCGUCAUCUUCUGAAGAUGACCAGCGUUGUACCACCAGGCAGCAAGUGCGAAGGGAUGUGAGCUCUUUGUUCAUCGUGGGCACCAAACCUUCUACCAUCACGAAGGAGAGCAGGCAAAGGAGAGAGAGCUCUUUGUCUUCCUCUUCUGAAGAGGAUGAGCCUUCUACCACCAGGCAGCGAGUACGAAGGUUUGAGAGCCCGUCCUCUUCUUCCUCUGAAGACAAGCAGCCUACUACUCGGAGGCGGCAGCAAGCAUGGAGGGGUGAGAGCCCUUCGUUGUCAUCUUCUGAAGAUGACCAGCGCUCCACCACCAGGCAGCAAGUGCGAAGGGAUGUGAGCUCUUUGUCUUCCUCUUCUGAAGAGGAUGAGCCUUCUACCACCAGGCAGCGAGUACAAAGGUUUGAGAGCCCUUCCUCUUCAUCCUCUGAAGACAAGCAGCCUAAUACUCGGAGGCGGCAGCAAGCAUGGAGGGGUGAGAGCCCUUCGUUGUCAUCUUCUGAAGAUGACCAGCGUUGUGCCACCAGGCUGCUAGUACGAAGGGACGUGAGCUCUUUGUUCAUCGUGGGCACCAACCCUUCUACCGUCAUGAAGGAGAGCAGGCAAAGGAGAGAGAGCUCUUUGUCUUCCUCUUCUGAAGAGGAUGAGCCUUCUACCACCAGGCAGCGAGUACGAAGGUUUGAGAGCCCUUCCUCUUCAUCCUCUGAAGACAGUCAGCCUACUACUCGGAAGCGGCAGCAAGCAUGGAGGGCUGAGAGCACUUUGUCGUCAUCUUCUGAAGACGACGAGCCUUCUACCACAAGGAGGCAGCAACAACAAAGUCCUUUGUCCUUCGUAGACAUCAACCUUCCUACCACCUUUAGGCAGAAUGGAGGAAUUGGUGAGAACCAUUUGCCCUGCAUUGACAUUGACCAGCCUACCAUCUGGUGGGAGCACGUACGAAGGGGUGAGAGACCUUUGUUUCGUGGAGACUUGAACCCUUCAAACACCUUGAGACAGGACGGACGAAGUGGUGACAGCCCUUCCUCUACAUCUUCGUCUUCUGAAGAUGACGAGCCCUUUACCACAAGGAGGCAGCAAGAAAGAAGGCCUAAUAGCCAUUUAGCUAUCUAUCUGAGUGCGAGAAAGGAGAGGGAGAUCAUUGAAAGAGAAAAGCAGCGUUUGGAGGAGGAGGGUUUAAAAAGAGAAAGAGAGAGGUGUGAAGAGAUGAAGAGAAAGAACCAGGAGAAGGAGAGGAAAACGUUUGGUCUGCGUUCAAGAAUAUACAUUUGGUGGCUCAAUCGCAAGAUAAAACGCAUUGCCAGGGACAUCCAAUCGACCUUUGUGGAUGAGUGCUACCUCCUGCGUCAUGAUCCCCUCAGAAAUCCAGAGAAAAUGGCAGAAAAAGAACGGCUGCUUGACCGAAGGAGGGAGCUGGUCCUGUACAAACACAGACAAGAAUUUAAGGUGGAGAGGGAAGUGAGGAAGCAAAAACUGAAGGUAGAGAGGAAGGAAAUGAAUGCGAAGAAGAUGGAGAAUAUCUCUGAGUUAUGCAGCAACUCAGAAAGUAUGUUAAAUCUUCAAACGGGCAAAUGCCAGUACCAAUUCCAGUCAGCGCCCCUGCUACUCAUCCUGCUCCAUCAUCUGCCUUCAGAUGCCAGUCUGACUUUCCUCUCCCUGCUGGAUUGUUCCUGA